AUGCUCUGCUUCCAAUGUAGGGCCGUGCCCUCCGCACUACGAACUGCAAUGCGCUCCCAGCCGUUUAGACUCCCGACUCAGACCCUCACCACCUCCCUAUUAACACCACUCCGCACCUUUUCAUCCGCUCUUCGUUCACAACCGACCCCGUUGACGCAGAGUCUCCCCUCAUUCCGCACAUCUCUCACAUCCGCCUCUUCGUUGCCAUUCGGUCUGACGCAGCAGACUCGGUCAUUCUCUGCCAGUGCGUCGCUUGCCGGUAGACGUGCUACCUACAAUCCCUCACGAAGAGUGCAGAAACGUCGUCAUGGGUUCCUUGCGCGGCUGCGGUCGGGGGGAGGGAGGAAGAUCCUCCAGCACCGGAGAGCGAAGGGACGGAAGUCGCUGAGUUGGUAG